AUGUACAUGCUUAUUAUUGGGGUCGUAAUCGUACAAAUCCAGUCAAAAUCCUUUCUUGAUCUGCCGUCAAUUUACAUCUGUCUUGAACUCGUUGUACCAACGGCUCGAGUUUACUCCUUGGUAAAGUGUUGCUCAUAAUCUCUAUACAAGUUGCAGCCUUAUAUGGAUCCUUUUCUCUCAAGGCAUCCUCAAAGAUUUCCAUCAUGGCGCUAUGUUUAG